CACAAGAGUUUUUUUAUCCAAAUUGAUGGACAAAAUUAAUUGUUCUAACGAAAUACUUUUAAAUAUUUGAAAUAUCAAGAAAAUUUUUUUAUUUAAGAUUUUGUGAUUGACUUUUUUAUGCAUAAAGAUGCUUUUUGCAUGUUAUUUUUUUCCUUCGCACAAAGUCCAAUAUAAUACUGCAAUUUUUUGCUCUACAAUAAGAGAAAGGAAAAGAAAGAAAAGAAGGCAGAAUAAAGAUCAUAAAUAAAUUUUAUCAUUAUUUUGCUCAAUAAAUUAUAUACAUUAUUCCAUUUUAAUUAUCUUCUUCACUUUUUUCAAGAAUUCACAAUAUCUUAGAUUUUAUAAAAUUAUUUUUCCUUUUCUUUAAGUUGCUCUACAACAAUAAUCCUUCAAUCAAAUAUUCUUUUUCCAAAAAUAAUUCAUUAUUUUUACACAAUAACAGACAUUUUGAAUAUUUUUUUCCUUUAUGAAUGAAAAAAGGAAGCGAAAAGUUUACUUCCGAUUUAGCAGUUACACGAUUGGAUGCCAGAUCGCCCAGAUUACUUUCGUAAUCACAAUUCGUUGGAAAUUUAAAUGACAAGUUUAAAUGAUAAGUGAAAUGCCAGUUCUGAUUAAAAAGAAAUUGAUUGAUAAUUUAUAUAUUUAAUUUAUUGUCUUAUUCUACGUUUUGGAUUCUAUUAAAAUUUUAUCUAAGAAAUAUGAUAUCCAUAGCAAAAUUUCAAAUUCCUAUCGAAUGGUCAUCAAAAACUCUUGGCGAUAUGUAUCCCCAUGAUUUGCAAUUGUAUCAAAAUGUUCCGUUUGGAGAGAUAAUGCUAGACGAAUUGCAAGAAAUAUGUGAAACACGGCUUAAAGUUCUUACUUUGGUAGAACGUAUACAUUUAGAAAAAUUGACAAUGUCUGUGUCACAACGAAAAGCUGCCUUGGUCAAAGAAUUGCACAAGGAAGGCAUAAAUGAAUUUGCAAGGCUGAUUAAUGGUCCUGGAUGUAAAUCACAUACAGAUGAGGAUAUACGUAUCAGAAGAAAAGAUCAUAUAUCUCAUUUUGUAUUAAGAUCUGUAGUUGCCUUCAAUGCACUUAAAAAACGCUGGUUUUUUAAGCAAGAAACAAGAUUGUUCAAAUGGAGAUUUUCUUCAUUAAAUAACAAAGGACUCAAGCAGUUUAUGCGCAUUAAUAACUUUGAUUUUACACCUAUCAGUCAAAGUGAAAAAGAAGAUAUCAAGGAAUAUCUUCAAAUGUCUUCUUCGCAUGUUAGUAACAUUGAUAUUAUACAAUUUUACAAAGUGCUUUUCAUUCAUGUAACUAGUUUAGUUAAGAAACGCAAAGUUUUCAUUAUGAAUGGUGAAGCUUUUGUACCUGAAGGAGAAAUAGCAUUUAUGUUUGUGCCAUAUUUUAAAAGGACUCUAAUAUCAAGUUUUGAAGCUGCACGUGAAGAUAGAGCUAAUUUAUAUAAUGAUGAAAGGUUCAUUAAUAUUUUUGCCAAUUUAGAAAAUAAUAUUCAUAUUGAGAGUAAUAUACUAGUACAGGAUCAAGAGAUACAAAAAUAUGUGUCACUUGAUCAGUUGGAUAAGCUUUCAGAUAGCUCUUACCCUCUUUGUAUGAGAGUGCUUCACAAAGCACUAAGAAAGAAUCAUCAUCUUACACAUGGUGGUAGAAUACAAUACGGUUUGUUUCUAAAGGGUAUAGGAAUUUCUUUGUCCGAUGCAAUGAUCUUAUGGAAGAAUGAAUUCACAAAAAUAAUGGACGAGGCAAUGUUUAACAAAGAGCACAGCUACCAAGUAAGAUUUGUCUUUGGACAAGAAGGUAGUCGACGAGAUUAUCAACCCUUUACAUGUCUAAAAAUUAUGGAAUCGAUUGUUGGACCUAGAGAUUAUCACGGAUGUCCUUUUAAACAUAUGCUGCAGGAUAUACUUGAAGAUGAACUUACUAACUGUGGUUUUAAUGCAUUGGAAAGAUCAACAAUAAUGAAGUUAUCAAAAAAUGGCCAAUAUUCUGCAGCAUGUAACAAGUAUUACGAAAUUAAACAUAAUUGUUUUAAUGACACCUUGUUUACACAUCCAAAUAUAUAUUUUAAUAAAAGUGUGAAACAUCAUACCUCCUAUCACUAUCAUGGUUUGGAUUUGGAAACAGAAGAUGCAUAUCAUCAAUUAUCAAACAAAAUACAAACAUCUGAAGAAGCUGGUUACUAUAAGGAUUAUUGAAAAUUAUAUUUCAUAUUGUCAACAGAGAAAGAGCAAAUAGCAAUUUUUAUAAAUCUUUAAUUAUAAAUAUAUAUAUAAAUACUGAUUUAUUUAAAAUAUUAUUAUAAACUAAAAUAUUAUUAUUUUGAGA